GGCGCUGAUCGGGUUCGCGCAGAUGGAGGGAUGAGUCUCAUCACAUGGUCCAUAUGCCCGGAGAAAGUGAGCGAUCAUCGCAGCCUCUGCGCUCUCUAAACUCAAUCAGAGUAGGCGGCACUGUUCGCGCUCCACAGCCGAUGAACUGAGAGCAAAAGCCCAGCCAUGAUCGUCAGCCUGCAGCUGUUUGAGCUGGAGGAGAGCUGAGGAGCGGUGAUCAUGCCGGAGAAGAGCGCGCAGUAGAAGUCUUCUCACUGAGGAUGGCAGGGAUGCUGCGCGCCGCAUCAGUCUCUCUGGCUCUGUGAAACGCACGGUGCCCUGGACGAGCCGUACGGCAGGACCUGUGUGUAUGUGUGUGUCUGCAGCUCAGUGGAAUGUUAUCAAAUCUCCCCAAGGUGCUGAUUCUGGGGGCCAUCGCAGCGGCCUCUGCCUUCGUGGUCACCAUCCUUAUCGUCUUGGUGUGUGUGGGGUGUCAGAGAAAAAGCAAGAGCAAACAUGGCCACGCCAACGGAGGAGGUCAGAAAUUGGAAACAGCUGCGCUACGCCAGUCCAAGCUGAACUCAAUGAGUAAAUCUGACACCCGCCUGCAUGACAUGCACAGGAUGCCCUGCAACGCCAACGGCGCCCCUAAGAGCCGGCCGGCCAGCAUGGACCUCCUGCUCCUGCACACCCGCCGCUCCAAUUCUGACCUCCGAACCAGCUCGAGCCGCCAGCUGCCUCGUGUUCCCAACAAAUCUGACAACGAGGAACGUGAGCACACCUACUCCGAAGUUUGCCGCCGCGCCUCUCCCACAUCCCACCCACCAGAUGACGGCCUGUAUGAGAGCGUUGGGAUCAAAGGGGCGGGGUCUGAUAAAGCCGCUCCGCCUGCUGCUCUUGCCCCGCCAUCAACCAACAUGCCCACUCAGCGUCGUGCCCACAGCCCGACGUUCAGCGGGAAUGGCCAAGGCGGAAGCAGAGGAGGCAUGAAUCAAGAGGCAGUGACGGCAGAAUACGCCUCUAUACGGAAGGUGAAGAAGCUGGAGCGCGGCAGGAGGGAGGAAGUGGUGGAGGAUGGAGAAAGGGAGCACCAGAGCGUGUCCAGCAGUGAGUCCUCCAGCAGCACCUUGCCUAGGAAAACCGUGGAACCAUUUCACCUACCCAAUUUCCCAAAGGAGGCGGUCUUCAUGGGCAAUGGGGAGCAGUACAUUUGGAAACCACCAGAAGAGGAUGAGAUCAUCAUGCCAGGGGUUCCUCAGCUGGAGAACGGACACAGCCAUCCCACCGCCGUGGAGAUCUCUGACAUGUACUCUACCGUUUGUAAGACCCUGAAGAGGAGACACCAGCAGGGUCAAAGCCAGGAGGAGAUCAGGCCGAUAGCCUCCGCUGCACCCCAGGAAGCGGACAGGGGCGCCGCAGGCUGGCCCGCUGCCGGUGCUCCAGGGGAAGAGGCGUGGGGGAGGAGCGGCCCCCAGGAGGAGCCCUGCUACGAGCCUGUGGGCGAGAAGACGUGGCCCCGGGGCCUGGCGGUGGAGUCGGACCCGGCUUACGCCACCAUCGAUUCCCACCGGAAAAGGGAGAAGCUGGCCAGCAACACGCUGAAGCCCAAAAAGAAGCCCCCGCAGGCUCCGGGCAGAGCCAUGACCUGUGAGAACUUUUACGAGACAAUCGGCGACGUGAAGCAAGGAGCAAACGCAGCGAGCACCACCACUAUCUUUACCUUUAACGACGGCAUGGAAAUGUACGUUACGGGGCUAUAAAAAAAAGCCUGACUUAAACUGUCAAAUUUAACACCUAUAGAGGGGAAAAGAACAAACUGCAGCCCUCUUGUUCUGACAAAUGAAAAGAUACACACAGCCUACAGCUGCCAAACACAUGCCAACCUACAUAACCAGAUGACCAAUGUAUAUUUACUGGAGAGCAACGCUCACGCAGACAAAAACAACACUGAAUUGGCUGAACCAGGCCUGGCAGCCGGGCGGUUUUUAGCAUGCUCACCCAAUCCGGGGAUCUAAACUGGUUUUUCUGCUAUGCUACAGCAGUCACUACACGGCUAAAAGAAUGAUUUUUCUCGUGUUUCUCAGUAAAAUAUCUAAACAUUCUUAAAUCAUGAUAUAUUUAUUUGGGAAGCAAAAUGAUAUUAGAUAUAAAAUCUUGUUUUCUGAAAGAAAAAAACAUCAAAAUUAAGAGACUUUAUGCUUAAAACAAUGCCAUUGGGGUAAAAAAAAAAAAAAAAAAAACUCGUUUUCCACUCGUUUAUUUCUCUUAAAUAAGCUUGUUUACUCUCUUACCCUAUUGGCAGAUAUUUUUUCUUGUUCUAAGCAAGGCCAUAACCAUGUCUUGAACAUGGGACCAAUUUUUUGUAAAGCAUAAAUAAACAGAACAGUGAAGGACAUUCUAGGUCUUAAUCUAGUUGGGAAAUAAUCAUUUUUGAACCAUUUGCAAAAUAAUAUUUGCAUUAAAAUAUGCACACAUGUUGGGCUACUUUUAUUUGUAUGCCUAAUGUGUCGAAAACAUAAAAGUCUCGUCACACUCAGUUAGGAAUUACACAAAUCACAUAAACGCAUAUUUUCAAUUAUAA